AUGAUUGUUGCAGAAAAUAUUUUAUGCAAAUUCUGGGCUCAAAUGGGUUCAGAAACAACUAAAACAGGUCGUUUAGCAAAUGGGGAGGCUGAGAAGAGUGUCCACAAAAAAAGGCAUGGUCAUUCGAGUAAUGGUACAAAUGGACAACAUGAAAACUUCGGUUCUAAUGGAGCUGGAACUAGUUCAAGCGGUGAAGAUGAUGUUUUAAUGAUGUGCACGGAGGAUAUAGAUGGCAACUUAGAAGCCGACGUAUCACAGGUUGUUGUACCUAAAAAGGCAAGACAAGGAGACCUGACAUUUCAGGACAUGCACGACAACCAAAAUUGGUUUGAUGAGGAUGAUGAAGAUGACAGUGACUGGGAGCCUGUGCAAAAGCAUGUAGAGGUUAUAAAGUGGUUUUGCAUCAACUGCACGAUGGUUAAUCUUGGCGAUGGUGUCAUUUGUAAUUUAUGUGGUGAACAUAAAGAAUCUGGUAUCCUGAGGCAGGGGUUUCUUGCAUCUCCUUCAUCACAAGAUGCAGGUUCCACUGAGGGUGAGUCAGAAGUGAGAGAGAUGCACUCACAACAUCCAACCCUGAACAGUUUGACGGCAGUUGGUUUUGAUGAGAGGAUGUUGCUACACUCAGAGGUCCAAAUGAAGUCGCAUCCCCACCCAGAACGACCUGAUCGCCUUCGAGCUAUUGCUGCUAGCCUUGCAACUGCUGGUUUAUUUCCUGGAAGAUGCUACCCAAUUUCUGCAAGAGAGAUUACCCUAGAAGAACUUCAAGUGGUGCAUUCGUUGGAACAUAUUCAAGCUGUAGAACUGACAAGCCAUAUUUUCGCUAGUUAUUUCACUCCUGACACGUACGCUAAUGAGCAUUCAGCAUGUGCUGCUAGGCUUGCAGCAGGUUUGUGUGCAGACCUUGCUUCAGCAAUUUUUUCAGGACGGGUGAAAAAUGGUUUUGCUAUGGUUCGGCCUCCUGGUCAUCAUGCUGGUGUAAGAGAGGCUAUGGGAUUCUGUCUCCAUAAUAAUGCUGCAGUUGCUGCAUUAGCUGCUCAGGCUGCUGGUGCCAAGAAGGUGCUUAUAGUUGAUUGGGACGUCCAUCAUGGAAAUGGGACACAAGAAAUAUUUGAUCAGAACAAAUCGACACGAGGGGGAAAGUUCUAUCCUGGUACUGGAGCUGCUAAUGAGGAAGUUAGAGGUUUGAACAUCACAGAGCUGAAUGAAUCUAGAAUAUUCCAUGGGACAGAUGAAAGUUGGCACUCAUUCAAAACUGUGGUUGGUAGAAAUGGUGCAGAAGGAUACUGUGUAAAUAUUCCCUGGAGUCGUGGGGCAGUUGCCACUGAGUUUGCUCCUGAUUUCACCAUCAUAUCAGCUGGAUUUGAUGCUGCAAGGGGGGAUCCUCUAGGAUGCUGUGAUGUAACUCCUGCUGGCUAUUCACAAAUGACAGAUAUGUUGUAUGCUCUUUCUGGUGGAAAAUUGCUUGUUAUUCUAGAGGGCGGCUACAAUCUACGCUCAAUAUCAUCCUCUGCCACCUCAGUCAUCCAGGUAUUGCUGGGUGAAAGUCCUGGACCUGAAUUGGGCAACAUCAUACCCUCUGGAGCUGGUCUUCAAACUGUUCUGGAAGUCAUGAAUAUUCAAAUGAACUUUUGGCCUUCUCUUUUAUCUAGUUAUGGAAAAUUGCAGUCCCAAUGGGGAGCAUACUGUAAUACAAUCGAUUUUGGAAAACAAAUAAAAAAGCGGCAGAGGACUGAUCCACCUAUAUGGUGGAAAUGGGGAAGAAAGAGGCUGUUGUAUCAUAUCCUCAAUGGGCGUCUUCAUGUAAAAUCAAAGUGGCAUCGAGUGAAGUGA